UAAUUAGUAAUGUUUUGGCUUUCUUUUUUAGACAAUUUCUUAUAAAAAGUAAUUAAGAAUAUAAAUGGAUUGUCAGGAUGCUUGUGAUAGCAUAUAAACAGCAACUGAGACAAGUGCAUAAAAGAAUUUACAGAUGUUUCACUUCAAAGUCUACCACUUUGCAAAAUAAAGAUCCAAAGAACAGAUCGGAGGAACCAGAGCCUGCUUAUGAUCGAGUUACAAAGAAUGCAGAGGAAACCAUAGUUUACAGCAGGCAUCCGUUUCAAUGUCAGUAUGGUGCUAUUUUACCUGAACUUCAUUUGGCCUAUGAAGCUUGGGGUAAAUUAAAUGAUGCAAAGGACAAUGUUGUCUUACUGCAGCAUGGUCUGUCUGCUAAUCCACAUGCAAGAAGCAACCUUGUACUGAAAGAUUCUUCUCCCGGCUGGUGGGAAAAAUUUAUUGGACCUGGAUUGUCAUUGGAUACAAACAAAUUUUUUGUCAUUUGUGUUAACCUUCUUGGCAGCUGCUAUGGAUCAACAGGACCAUCAAGUAUUAAUCCCAUCACUGGUAAGCCAUAUGGUGGUGACUUUCCUAUUGUUUCAAUUGGUGAUAUGGUUCAUUCACAAUUUCUUUUGUUAAAUAUGCUUGGCAUUCACAAGGUGCAUGCAGUGGUCGGAGCAUCAUUAGGUGGUUUGGCAGCAUUUUCUUCGGCUAAACAGUAUCCUCAGUCCAUUGACAGGAUUGUCAGUAUAUCUGCAGCUGGUAAUUCAGCUCCCUCAGCCAUUGCAUUCAGAUAUUUACAACGUGUUGCUUUGAUGAUGGAUCCGAAAUGGAAUAAUGGACAUUACUAUGAGACUGGCAUUCCUUUUGAUGGAACACGACUGGCGAGGAAAAUUGCCACACUGACAUAUCGAAGUGGUCCGGAAUGGGACGAAAGGUUCAAAACAAUGAAGGUUGACGACUCGGACAACAGCUUGCCAAGAUACCGUUCAACUGAGUUUCUUAUUGAAGAUUACAUAAGACAUCAGGGCGAAAGUUUCAUUAAAAGAACAAAGUACGACCCGAACAGCAUCAUCUAUCUUUCAAAGGCCAUGGAUAUAUUUGAUAUUGGAGAAAAUCAUGGCAGUAUGGCAGAAGGAUUUGCUCAAAUUAAAUGUCCAACGCUGGUUAUGGGAGCCUCUUCUGAUAUUUUAUAUCCUGUAUCAAAACAAAAAGAUGCAGCCCGCUAUAUUGCACAAGGAGGGAACAAAAAUGUUGAAUUCUAUAUAAAUGACGGCCAUUUUGGACAUGAUACCUUUUUACUGGAUGUAGAUGGAAUGGGGAAAGAAAUGAAGAAAUUUCUCGAAACGUAAAGAGACUUGACCCUGGUCAGCCGUUCUAAACAAAAAUUGUCCUGGUUUGUUUCGAAAUGUUGUUUCUACAUAUUUUCAUAUUUUUAUAUUUCUAAUCAUUUGUAAUUGAACGUGGUUGUUUUUGCAUGCAACUUACAACUUUUUUAAUAAUAGGCGUGUAUUUUGUAUUAAAAGUAGCCUGUUACUUCUUUUUCUUAUUUCUGGAGAAAGCGUUUUUAACUUUUCCAAGUUUUCCUUUUUUCUUUGUGGUGGCGUUAUCGUCUUCGUUCUGUUCUUCUGCGUCUUCAUCUACAUCAACGUACCCUUCGUCUUCACUUGCACUUUCGUCAUCUGCUAAUGUGUCGAGAAUCUUUAACGAACGUCGUAGACUGUCCAUUAGCUGCUCAUAAAACCUGCCAAAAUAAUUUGUUUUUUUUACUUUUUACCAAUCCACACUGAUGAUUAGUUAAAUUGGGGAUUGGUUAAAUUGGGGAUUAGUUAAAUGUUUACGUUAUAACUAUUCUAGCGUGACUUUUGUGGCUAAUCUAAGAUUAGUGAAAGAACGAGUGUUUGUAAUUGGUCAGUGUGACUUUGACAUUGUCCGAAAUAAUCGAGUCCAAAUAUUUUGGAAAUUGUUUUUUUUUGUUAUUGUUCUUUUUGAAGCCAUGAUGUGCGCUUAUUUAGGUAAAGAUUAUCUUAUUUUUUAAAAAAUUUUGUUCCGUUUUGUUCUGUUUGGGGUUGUGUACAUAUAUCAUCAUUAUAUAUACACUAGGUCAAUUUUGAUGCUAAAAUCACAAUUUCGCCUUUAGCAACUGAGUCUGAAAUGAAAAAUUGGAGUUGCUUGUAGAAAAACGUGUACUUUAUAUUUUGAGUAAUCGAAAUUUUUGUUUCACUUAUUUAUAAGAGAUUAAUUUCAACUGUAAAAAUGUUUUAUGUGUAAUAUAUACCACCAAGAAAUUUUUGUUGUUUAUAGAAGAAAGAGAAAAUAUAAGUGUA